UAAAUAAAACAUGAUUAUAUAUAUUUAUUCAUUAAUGUUUCAGACAAUCCCAUCAUUGCUGUCUAUAGUAACUUAUGGAAUAAAAUUUAAAAAAAUGGAAUUUCAUGUAGAAUUUAUAGGAUUAUAUAGUAGUAUUAUUGUGAUCAAACACAAGCCUAUUUCCAACUGAAAAAGAAGAAGAAAAAAAAACUUCUAGCUCUAGCUUCUUCUAGCUUUUCUUUUUGAUUUAAUUAAAAAAAAAAAUGCCAACAAUUUCCCCUGAAAGUCACCAAGAGAAAGAAACAAACACCUUCGAUUUUCGAGCCCCACCGCCAUCUCCAAUCGGCUCAAGCCGUCGUGCUUCCUCCGUGGCGAAUGAUGAGGUCUUAACAGAGUUUCUAGAGCACAGCCUUCGGGUCCCGGACCUUAUCCUCCCUGAUCGAAUCUUCCCAAGACAAAAACCAUUCAGGGAUAUUCCAGAGAUUGAUUUUCAGGUUCUGAAUUCUGCAAAAGAUGAUUUAGUUUUGAAGAUCCGAGAUUCUUUGUCGGAAAUUGGGUGUUUUCAGGUGAUCAAUCAUGGGAUUUCGCCGGAGUUGAUCAAGACGGUGGUUAGGCGGGCACGACGGGUGUUUAGAAUGUCGCCGGAGAAGAAGAGAAUGGCGGUGAGAUCGCCGGAGAUGGAGUUUGGGUUUGAGGAUCAAGUGAGUGGGGAGCAAGAGGAGGUUGUGAAUGAGAUGGGUGAGGAAUUUGUUUGGGGCAGGGGAUUUGGUUUUAAGUUAAAAAUGGAGGGAAUUUGGCCAAAUAAGUUUUCAAAAUUCAGUGACAAAAUGGAGACCUUGGCAACAUCAAUGGAGAAGAUUGCUAAGGAGAUAAUGUUGAUCCUAAAUGAAAACUACUCCAAUCUACCAAAUAGUAAUCUGGAUGAUUGUGUAUGCCACAUAUACAAGCAUCCUCAUGACGUGUCAGCUGAUCAAUGCCUUAGCUCCCUUCGAUAUGACGUCAUAAGGAUGAUGAUCAAAAGGUCAGAUUAUUCCCAUGCAGUAUCAUUGCAUGUUUGUGAUGGAUCUUCUGAGUUUCAUGUUUACUCUAAGAAAGGCUGGAUUUCUUUCACCCCACUUGAAAAUGCCUUGAUUGUCACAGCUGGGGAUCAACUACAGGCUUGGAGUGGUGGACGUUACAAACAAGUGAUAGGAAAACCAAUAUAUACAUUUCAAAAUAAAGAUUGUAUAUCAUUGGCUUUCCUUUGCUCUCCUCCUAUUUUAUGUAGGAAAAAUAACGAUGAAUUUCAUCACCAAGAGAAAAAAGAAAGGAUUAUUUCACUACGACAACAAGCUCUUUUUGCUAUAGUUUUUACAAUUGCAUGUCAGUUUUUGAUCCAUUUUUACUGCAAAUUAUCACAUCCAUGAUUUCUUUCUGUGUUCAUUGUGAUGUUCUUGAUGAUUUUUUACUCUAAUUACUCGUCUUUUGUGUUGUACUUUUGUGAUUAUAUUAUUGGAAUUAAGGAGUAAUAUGAUUAUUAAACAAGGGCAUGAGG